AUGAAUUCUAGAGGUGGACGACCAAGUUUGAGCCAAGGGUUGGACAAGGAGAUAUAUCAAAUUGUAAAGAAGCUGGCAGAUGAACAUGCACAAAAUCCAAAGGGAACAAAGCGUCUCACGAUCUCUAUUGUUUAUGAUAGCAUCAAAAAUUCGAAUUCAAGUCUGAAAAGAAGAUCCAAAAAGUUACUAGAAGACUCAAUUGAGAGAGUGUUGUUGGUGUUGAAGGAAGAACAAUAUGAUAGUGAUUCUGUAGAUGGGGAUUUUGAAGGAUUGGAGGAGGAGGCGGCACCACUACCAAAGGAACAUAAUAUAAUGAAUAGAAAUAUUACCAAACUUUGGGCAAAACCAACGCCAUCACCUACGAUGAGUCCUAUGAACGGUACCCCUUCUGCGAACAGGGCUACCACGCCCAUGGCUUCAAUACAAACCAAUAUCAAUAUCAUUGGGGAAGUCGAAUCACCUGUGAAGUCAGAUCGACAUGCAAACGGAGAACCCAAAUUCAAACGGCGGAAAGCAGAACGAGAAAUCAAGAAAGAUACUGAUAGAGCACCACCUACAGAUAUCUCCUUGGAAAAUCUUGGAGGGGUAGAUAAUGUUAUUGAAGAAUUGAACGAGCUUGUGGCGAUGCCAAUGCUAUAUCCGGAAACAUAUAUAAGGACGGGAAUUCAACCACCUCGAGGAGUUUUACUUCAUGGACCACCUGGUUGUGGUAAAACGAUGAUCGCAAACGCUUUCGCUGCCGAGAUAGGAGUCUCAUUUAUACCAAUCUCUGCACCAUCCUUAGUGGCUGGUAUGUCGGGAGAAUCAGAAAAGAAAAUUAGGGACCUUUUCGACGAAGCAAAACGUAUGGCACCUUGUCUCGUUUUUAUCGAUGAAAUUGAUGUCAUAAUGGGGAAACGUGAAAGUGCUCAGAGAGAGAUGGAAAAACGAAUUGUCGCUCAAAUGCUCACAUCUAUGGAUGAUAUGGCUUUGGAGAAAACUGGCGGUAAACCCGUCAUCAUUAUUGCUGCUACAAAUCGACCUGAUAGUCUCGACCCAGCUCUUCGUAGAGCAGGUCGUUUUAAUAAGGAAAUUAAUCUAGGAGUUCCAAACGAAGCUGCCCGAGAGAAGAUCCUCCGUGCUCUUACUCAAAAGCUUACUUUGACUGAUGAUUUUAACUUUCAUGCUUUGGCAAAGAUGACCCCUGGGUUUGUGGGAGCUGAUCUGAAUGAUGUUGUGUCUGUUGCAGGUACAGAGGCCAUGAAGCGUAUGAUGGCAGUUCUAAAACAACGAACUGCUACCACCAUGGAGCUUGAUAUUCCACUACACAGUGCUACGACCAUGGAGCUUGAUACUCCACUACACAGUGCUACAUCCAUGGAGCUCGACACUCCAAUAUUGAAGGAUGCCACUUCCGAAGCCCUUCUUGUGCUGAGAUCUUUAGUCGCAAAUGCUGGAGGUUCGGCUCCUGAUGGUGACUUUUCUAUCAAAUAUACCGAUUUUCUCGCCGCCAUACCCAAAGUCCAACCAUCGGCUAAAAGAGAGGGAUUUGCAACAAUCCCAGAUACCACAUGGGCUCAUGUUGGUGCUUUACACGAGGUGCGCGAGCAACUUGAAAUGGCCAUUGUCGAGCCGAUCAAACGACCAGAAUCUUUCGCUCGAGUUGGUAUUACAGCACCGACAGGAGUUUUACUUUGGGGACCACCUGGGUGUGGUAAAACCCUUCUCGCUAAGGCCGUCGCCAAUGAAUCAAAAGCCAAUUUCAUUUCCAUCAAAGGUCCUGAACUUCUUAAUAAGUAUGUGGGAGAAUCUGAGAGGGCAGUUAGACAAGUCUUUGAGCGUGCCAGAUCAUCCGUACCAUGUAUCCUCUUCUUCGAUGAACUCGAUGCAUUGGUUCCCAAACGUGAAGAUUCUUUGUCAGAAGCUAGUAGCAAAGUCGUCAACACCCUUCUUACCGAACUGGAUGGUCUGAGCAACAGAGCUGGUAUAUACGUUGUAGGCGCCACCAAUCGACCUGACAUGAUCGAUCCCGCUAUGCUCCGCCCAGGUCGUCUUGGAACAUCAGUCUUCGUCGAUCUUCCAUCUCCAGAUGAACGCGUGGAGAUUCUCAAGGCCCUUUACAUAAAAGCACUACCGCUUGCCAACGCUCAAGAAAUUGAGGCACUAGGUCCGGUAGCGAGAGAUGAGAGGUGUAAUGGCUACAGUGGAGCGGAUUUGGGUAAUCUGCAUCAAGCUGCUGCGGUAGCAGCUCUGAAGAGGGAGAUGAUCAUGGUAGCACAGGGACAGGCGACGAUAGAGGAUGAUCUAAAGAUUGGAGGGGCGGAUUGGGAGGUUGCGUUGGGGAGGAUUAAGGCGAGUGUCAAAGAUGCGGGGAAGUAUAGGAGGUUAAGGGAUAGAGGGAUGUAG